UAUCAGUCUGCUAAAGUUUAUAUCUAUUCAUCCUUGUCGUCUAGUCGUCAAGUGGAAGUUUAUCUGCUACAGAGAGCACAGUCCCUACAAGCGACCCGCAAUUCUCUCUUAUAGUUCGAGACUCGGAGACUUGUUUGUACCAGUGUAUUCUCAGUUAACUUGAAAAACUCGGUUUGUGAGUAACACUUGUUUGACUUAAGUCGACUCGGACGUAAUAUUUGUUCGAAAAUAAACUUCGAGACUUUUAACGUCGAUUUUUCUAGGAAGUUAUUCGCACAUAUUUAAGGAUUUAGUGAAAAAUUGUAAUUUCGCGGAUUGUGUUGGUUUAAGUGAAAUAGAUUUGACUUACAAUAAUAUUAAAAUAUAAUAUUUUUAGUUAAUUGAAUGUUUUUAUUGGUAACUUUAUUGGUGAAUAGUGAUAAAACGAAAUCCAACUGUCUUAACUCUUAACUCUGAUGUGAAAAAGUGUUUUUGCAAAACUGGAUUUUAAUUGGAACAUUCUAGGUAAAACGAAUAAUCCCACUUUAGUUCGGCAUUUCUGUCUUUAUGUUAGUGAAGGUAUACAAAAGAAAGGAAACAUCAUCUAUUUAAAUUGAAAAGAGGAAAUUACUUAUAAGUGCCAUAAAGUAGGUAGAAUCAUAUAUCAGAGACGGUAUGUGGCGGAUAAGUUCAGUGGCCUGAAGGUGCUUACCUAAAGAGAGCAACAACUUCAACAUGUAAGAAAAGAGACAGAAAGUUAUUAUCUAGAAGAAUAUGAAUACACCUCGACUGCUAGGUAGCGGAAUUAGUCUUUCUGAUUUAGAUUUGGCAGCCAUUAGACGGCUUCUAGAUGCCGAAAAUUCCACAUCUGGCACGUGUCCAAGUUGCGAGAUGCCUUUCGACAAAGGCAAAAAGAGAAGACUAAUAGACAAUUGCGGCCAUGAAAGAUGCUAUUCCUGUAUGUUCACCAAUGAGUCAUGCCCACUCUGCAUGGGCAACGGAGAUAGAACGGAAAACGAUGGAACGCUGAGACCUAAUUUGGGAUGUGCCCCAUUGAGAGGAUCCGUUAUUAGUCUCCAAGGAGAAGUACCUUCAAGUCAACUAGAAAAAACGGAAAAAGUUCAAUCGAGGAACAAAGUUAAAACUAACGGUUAUUUUAACUUACUUUCGCAAAGCCGUCAUGAUUUGUUAACGUCCAGCAUAGAAGUAGGCCAUCCGGAAAAGUUGCCAAAGACCCGACCUUCCAAUUUGCGACAUAGGCCGCCAGAUCAAAGUAUUAUGACUCAAAGUUGUCCUACGCCUCCCCAAGCCAGGAAAAAAUUUUACCUUGGUGCUAAAGGAUUGAAAAGUCCUCUAUUAAGUAGGAGUAGACAACAAGACUCAGCGGUAUCAGCUGGAAUGACAUCAUCGACGACGUCAACAGAAGGAAAACAUUGGCCCAGCGUGAUUUUAGGAAAAAUACGUUCGCUGUGGAAUGCGGGCUCCAAAAGUGCCAAUACAGGCCUUAAUCAACUUUUAAGAGACGACGAAACAUCGAAUCCGAAACCUGUUUUAAAAAAAACCUCCGAAAACGACAUGUACAUGCGUCUUGGGCUACUCCUUGGUGAUUCCGCUAGACGAUCGAAGAAAACUCAAGAAGCUAACCAUGAAUCGUGUUCGUCAUUAGCUAGUUAUGAAGCUUCAACGAUGCUAUCUGCAAAUACAAGUCCGGUAUCAACUUUAACCGGAAGCAGCGAAGACCAGCAUAGGACGAAUCCAAGUUCAGAUAGUGUCGCUUCUUUGAUGUCUCUUUCUUUAUCUGGACAAAGCACCAGCUCGAGUCCUCUUAGUAGACGACAUAGUGUAACUCCUUCUCAACCUCAUCUCAGUGAAAGUGUCCGAUAUCGAAAACCAGGAGCUAGAAUAACAAAAGCGGAGAUAUCAAAAAUUUCAGCCGAUCCUAGGAUACGGUUAAGGCAGUACGGUCCUCCGCAACUAACAUUCAAACCAUUAUUUUUUGAAGUACCACUUCAAGAACCAGAUCCGUUGUUCAUCGGACGUCACUGGUUAAUAAAAGAAAUAGAAGAUGUCAUAAAUUCUUCCAGUCCCGGUGUUUUACUCACAGGCAAUGCCGGAAGCGGUAAAACAGCUCUAAUCCUCCAAUUGGUCGAGUACAGUUGCUUCGGACGAAGAAAAGAAUCCCAUCAUCAUUCCGAUAGAUCUCGUAGUCCCCAAAGUAUCUACUACCAAAUAGAUUUAAUUUCCGAAAAAAUAAAACAGCUCUCUAACAGUAUCGUAGCUUAUCACUUCUGUCAAGCCGACAAUAACAAUACUUGCUCCGUACCUGAUUUUAUUCAUUCUCUAGCAGCUCAAUUAUGCCAAGCUCCUAAACUAGCUUCCUAUCGGGAUCAUCUAGUGAACGAAUCAGACCUUCAAAGUAUUUUGGCUUUAAGAGAAUGUAUAGCGAACCCAGAUGUAGCAUUCACCAGAGGUAUUCUCGAACCUCUAGCUUGUUUGAGGAGAUUGGGGAAAAUAGAUAACCAAAACUUUGUGAUACUCAUAGACGCCCUUUGCGAAGCUGAAUAUCAUCGACCUGAUCACGGUGAUACCAUAACAACAUUCCUGUUAAAACAUAUCUCGAGUUUCCCUUCGUGGUUGAAAGUCAUCACUACAGUUAGAAGUCAAUUGGAAGAAGUCACCAAACAGUUGCCAUUCACAAGAAUAUCCUUGGAUAAUAUACAAUCUAACGAUAACAUCCAAAAAGAUAUAAUUGGAUAUAUAAACUUUAGAGUCCAGAAUAAUCAAGCCAUACAAAGUAAUUUGACAGCGACAAAUAACGGUAAAACUGAGAAUUCUUCCGUUUGUCAAAGUAAAUUCGCUCAACAUCUCCUUAACGUCAGUCAAGGAUCUUUCUUAUUCGUAAAACUGACUUUGGAUCUGUUAGAAAAAGGACAAUUGGUUGUUAAAUCGUCCGGGUAUAAAGUCCUACCUGUUAACUUAGCUGAAAUCUAUUUAUUACAUUUCAAUUUGAGAUUUCCUACUAUUCGAUCUUUCGAGAAAGUUACUCAUAUUCUCAGCGUUUGCUUAGCGGCUCUAUACCCUUUAACCAUUUUGGAAAUAUAUUAUUCAGUUAAUGCUCUCACGAUCGAUAAUUUUUUGCCCUGGAACGAAUUCCUGCAGAGAUUCAAAUUGUUGUCUGGAUUUUUGGUGAAAAGAUUGGACAAUACUUAUAUGUUUUUCCAUUCGUCGUUCAGAGAGUGGUUGAUAAGAAGAGAUGAAAAUGAUGCUAUGAAAUUUUUAUGUGAUCUAAGAACUGGACAUGCUGGAAUUUCUUUCAGAUUAUCCCGAGUACAAGCACCGUUGGAUCCAGAAAAAACUUUGGAAUUGGGUCAUCACAUUCUGAAAGCUCACGUUUAUCGAAACAUGUCGAUGAACACUUUAACUUCUAGAGAUUUGCAAGCAAAAUGGGUUGCUGAUAGCUCAGAAAAUGUUUCAGAAGCUGUAUGUCAUUUAAGAAAUAUGUACUGUCCGAACGUAAAAGUGUCCAGAUUAAUGCUACUAGCCGGUGCUUCUCCUAAUCACAUAACCGAUCUCUUGGGCAAUGCGCCAGUUUUGUGUGUAUACGCAAAUGAAGGUAUCCUUCCAAUGGUGUCAUUGCUUCUUGAAUUCGGAGCCGAUGUGGAACUCGUCAACAGUCAAGGAUGCACAGCUCUAUCUCUCGCUUCCGCUAGAGGCCAUUGCGACGUGGUGCGUCAGUUAAUAGCAGCUGGAGCUUCUCCGGGUCACGCAGAUACCGGUGGAUAUAGCCCUUUAGUACAUGCUGCUAGAAACGGAUUUCUCAACGUUGUAGGUUAUCUGCUAGCUUGUGAUUGGAUUCCUAAAAACGAAGACGACGUUCAAAUAGCCGUAGCGGCGCAACAGGCUCUAAUAGCUGCCGCAGGACAAGGUCACAGCGAAGUAGUUGAAUAUCUGCUGGAUAUGGCCGAGGUUAAUAUUGACAUUCCGGAUAAUAUUACAGGUGAAACUGCAUUAACUGUAGCUGCUUUGAAUGGUUGCCACGGUGUUUGUUCCGUGCUGAUAAACCGAGGUGCCAAUGUUUGUAUGACGAACAAGAAAGAAUUAGCGCCGUUGCUGUUAGCUGUUAAAGAAGGACAUUGGGCCGUAGCCGAAAGACUGAUACAGAAUCAUGCUGCUAUCGAACAGUGUGACUCGAAUGGAAAAUCGCCAUUGAUGAUAGCAUCUUCCGAAGGUCAUUUGGGAAUUAUCGAACUUUUAAUCGAUAGAGGUGCUGAUUUAAACAAAGAAGAUAAAGAAGGCAUAACUCCAUUGGGAUGGGCAUGCUUGAGAGGUAAAGUUCAAGUAGCUCAAUGCCUCUUAGAAAGAGGUGCUUUCAUCAAUCAUACUGAUAAAUCCGGCAGGAUACCUUUGGAUUUAGCAGCUUUCCAUGGAAACCAAAUAUUAGUUCAAUAUUUAAUCGAUAGAGGUGCUACAAUAGAACAUGUGGACAUGAACGGUAUGAGACCGUUGGACAGAGCAAUAGGAUGUAGAAACGUCCAAGUUAUACACUGUUUUUUGAAAAAGGGAGCAAAACUGGGACCUGCUACGUGGAGUAUGGCCCACGGGAAACCGGAUAUUUUAUUGAUAUUGCUCAAUAAAUUACUGGAAGACGGUAAUAUACUAUAUAGGAAGAGUCGACUGAAGGAAGCUGCUCACCGUUACCAAUAUGCUCUUAAAAAAUUCCCUAUAGAAGACCAAGAUGAACACAACAAAACCUUCAAACAAUUGAAAAUCAAUUUCCUAUUAAACUUUUCCAGAUGUAAAAGGAAAUUGGGGGAAUCCCAAGAAGCUAUUGAAUUAGCAAAUCUUGUUGUUGAAUUAAAACCAGAAUCUUAUGAAGCUUAUUAUGCCAGAGCAAAAGCAAAAUUGGAUCAAAGUAAAUACGAAAGUGCCUUACACGACGUUAAAGAAGCCUUGAAAAGGGCACCACAACAAGGGAACGAAAUUAAAAUUUUAAAUUAUUUGUUAGAAGAUAUAACUACGAGGAUGGUAUCCAGUAGAAGUUUAGGAAAUAGAAGAAACGUCGCAAUUUCGGUAGAUACUCUACACGAGUGAGCUAAUUUACUUUUAAUUUACUAUUAUUGUUAUUAAAAUAAUUUAAUUUAUAUAUUUUAAAUUAAAAAUAGUACGAGGUCAUUCUAUUACAUAUUAUAGCAUGAAAACAAUUUAUAUUUAUAAACUAUUUGAAGAAAAAAAAAUUGUAUUCAAAGUUCCGAGUUCUUAUUUUAGACUGUGUGAAAAAAGACUUGAAAAUAAUUAUUUAAUUAUUGUUAAUAUUUUCGUAUUUAAUUAUAAGUAACUUUUGUAUAUACACUCUUGAAAUAAUUUAUUUUCUAUUAAUUAUUUUCGUUUACUGUGACAAAAUCCAAGUCAAUCUAUUAGUGUUUUAUAAUUUUUUUCAUUCCAUGCUUAAUUUAUUUGAUUUUAUUUACUUUCAAUUGUACAAAAUAAUUUUGAGGCAACCAAUUUGUGAUCUACUCUCUUUUUAACGCUCACCCAAACGACUUCAACGACAAUAAUUACACAGGCCUGCAUUUUACAACAGAAAGUUUUUUUGUAUAACGGAAAGUUAUUUUUCAAACUUAUAAAAUCGCAAAAUAUUGAAAACCCACGACCUAUUUCACACUAGUUUUAUAAUAUAUUGAAGAAAAAAUACGAAAAAAUAUUCAUACAGGAACUGUUACAAAUUUUUAUUUAUUCGUUUACGCUCCCAAUUAACGCCUGAUAUCUUUUUUUCAACAUGUGGUUGAUAUUUUUCAAAAUAUACAUAAUAAUAAUUCUUAAAUAUAGUUAAUUGAUUUGAGACCAGAAAAUCAAAAUAAAUUUAGUAACAGUUAUUGACGUAAUUAUAAAAAUAAAGAGAUUGUUCAAAACGAGCGCCAGCGAGUUUUUCAAAUUACGCGAGUAUCUGUUACUUAGAAUAUCAACAACCCCCUAAUUGCUCUAUUGUGAGCUCCUGAUUUAUAUAUGCUUUUAAAAUAAUUCCAGAAUAUUGUAAAAACUUCUAUCAAGUUAGUUCUCCUUUCAAAAACACCUAGAACAAUAUUCUCAUUUUUCACCUCAAUAUGCAAUUAACUCUCAUCUCAGAACAUUGUAGUUACUGUUAACCUCUUAUUUCAAAAACAUCUAGAGCAUAGUUUGAAGGCUAACCAAUAAUAGAUGGAAAUUCAAUCUUUUUAAUUUUUAAUUCAUUAUUAUGACUAGAUGCUCUACUAUGGACUCCUGCCCUAUAUACACUCUUGAAAUAAUUCCAGAACAUUGUAGAAAUUUCUGCCUAGUUACUGUUAACUUCCUCUUUCAGAAACAUCUAGGACAUAGUUUAAUAAUUAACCAAUAAUAGAUGGAAGUUCAAACUUUUUAAUUUUCAAUUCAAUAUUAUAACUAGAUGCUCUACUAUGAACUCCUGCCCUAUAUACACUCUUGAAAUAAUUCCAGAACAUUGUAGAAAUUUCUGUCUAGAUACUGUUAACUUUCUCUUUCAGAAACAUCUAGAAGAUGUUCGAUGAUUACCCUAUAUAGGAUACAACCAUCUACCAUCUUUUGUAGUUUCUAUUAAAUUAAAUUAUGACUAGUGCCGUCAUAUGGUGUGCGAUUGUGUACCCAUUACGAUAAUUUCAAAUGAAGUUUUUUAGAAAUAAAGCACUUCUGGCUUCAGUUCCCUAUUUACUUUUUUAUAUUUUCAUAAGAGAAAGUUGGUCUAGUAAAGUCCUGAGUUUGAAUAAGUAUCUAGUUCUUCUAAAUACAGUCGUGGUUUCCUUUAGAUAAAAAUAAGUUGAAAGAACUUAUACACAUUUGCUAUGAAUUCAUUUGAUGGUAGAUAAUUUUCUUUUCGUUUGUAUUUUCAUAAAUAUCUGGUAAGUUUUUUUGAUUCAGCUUUUUCUUCAUCAGACUGGCUGCAAUAUAGAAUUUUUAGGGCGCCACCUUUUCCUGAAGUAGCAAUAGAGAUACUCAGCUGAUCUAUGAAUACCACUCCUUUCAGAAACUUCAGGUUGUGGAAUGGCAAUAACCAAAUUCCAUACUUUGCGCCCCUUUUGAUUGAUCUCAUUUAUAUGUAUUUUUGAUAGAGGAAUGUCCUUUUAAGUCGAUGGUUGACUCUACAACAGAUAAAGUAGGCAAGGGAUUGUAUGGAUUGCAACAAUAUUCUCUGGACAAAUAAGAUGUUUAAUUGCAUCUGACUUGUUAAAUUCCACCUUUCUGAACAGCCGCAAUGUUAUCAUUUAUAGGAAUAUCCUCCACAAACUUUUGUUGACAUAACUUGAACUACAAAAGACAGUUAACCGGAUUACUUGUUCAAAAUUUUUCUAAUCAACACUACAAACCAAAGAAAUUCUUUCUGAUAAUAUGUUGUUAAUUUAGUACUAAAACAUGUAGGUUUUUACAAGAUGAGGAGGGGUUGAGGGUUGUCUAUGGAAAAUAGCAAAUUCUCUAGGGAGUCACAAUACAAAUUAGUUUGUACAACCCUUUUGUAGCUGAAUCAUGGGAUCAUAGUAGUAACUAGUGCUUCAAAAAUAAGACAUAUUCAAUUGAAACUGGUUCACAGCUUUGCAGCUAAAUCAGUCGAUGUCUGUUGAAAAAAUCUUCUGUUUUCAUUAUCAACUACAGCAAGGAUUCUCAGAGCUUUUCUUGCAAGAGACACUUUUUACAAAAUGAACUGUUACUCCAGAUUCCCAUAGAUAAAUAAUUUUCAAAAUCUUAUUUCCAGUUGCUACUAUAGUAGUGACCAACUUUAAAAAGGGAACUUCACUGGAUGUUUCAUGUCUUUUGAAUUAUCAUACUUAUUGCUUUUCAGAAGGCCUAAGGACUUUUCUGAAACUAACCCGGAUCACGUUCAUUUUUGUUCGGAAACUGAUCGGGUAAAUCAUCGGAUUGUAGUCAUAUGAUAGACCAGCAAUCAGCUAACGGGUUGCUUCAUUUAUCUCUGGUUUUUGAAAUGUAAAAAUUAUUCAUUCCUCUUAAACACUAUUAUUUCAUAAGCGACGUAAUUGAUAGAUUAGGUACUAACGAUUUAACGAUUAUGUUGCUUUAGUGCAAAAUCCGUUUGAGUGGUUAAAUCGUAGAUAACUGUACAAAAACAAUUAUUGAACAUCUAGAAUACAUUUUAUACUAAGUAGAUAUCAUGGAAGAAUUAACGCACAAAUAAGUAAUGAAACCAGAAGCUUUUGUUGUUCAUGUUUUAAAUUUGAAAUUGCCGCGCGAGGUUGUAUGAUCAAAAUCUCGUUCUGGGUGAGGAUACGCAAUCAGCCGACAAGUGAUCUAUCUCACCCAGGACCAUAGCUUUCGAAAAGCCCUAAUUACUACCUGACAUUUUUUGGGUUACAUGAUUAGAUUGUAAUACACUUUGAAUAACUUUAAAAAAACAAUUAUUAAACAUCUAGAAUACAUUUUAUACUAAAUAGAUAUCAUGGAAGAUUUAACGCCCAAAAAAGUAAUGAAAUCAGAAGUUUUUGUUAUUCAUGUUUUAAAUUUGAAAUUGCCGCGCGACGUCCUGGUUCUGGGUGAGGAUACGCAAUCAGCUGAAAGGUGACAGAUGACAGGCUGAUCCAAGACCAUAGUUUCUGAAAAGCCCCAAUUACUAUCUAAUAUUGUUUGGGUUAUAUAAUUAGAUUGUAAUACACUGCGAAGUUAAUAAGUAAAUAAAAAAUACAAUAUAAUAAAUAGAUAUAAAAUAAUUGAUCUUCUGUUAAAGCUCCUCGCUUAUACUGUUGGUUAAUUCUACUAACAUUAUCACAAUGUUUUGUUCCAUGGUUUUGAUAUUGUACCUAGAUGUUUUUUAUCUAUAUAUAAGAAACUGUUAAAACUUCCCAUCCAAGCGAAUGAUAUAUGAUAAAAAAACCUUUUCGACCUCAUUAUCCUCCAAAAACACCACUUUGAGAAUCCCUGAUAUGCAGUUAGAUAUAUAUGUACUUAAAAUCUGCCAAAUGUGUAAGCAAAUUUUUGUGGUAUAUUACUAUAUUUAGAAUAUUCUAUUUGUUAUGUUUAUAUGGUAGUUUUUGUUGAAUUUGUAUCUUUUGUUUCUUGCCGACAAUGUUAUAUAUAUACUUACUAUAUAUAGGCAAAUAAUUUCCAGUAUUUUUGAGUUUUUAACAGUGUAACUGUGUGAAAAAUUUUUUAUUCGUAUAUUUAUUUAUAAAUAUAAAGGUGCUAUUAAAAAAUGUUUAAAAAUGCAAUAAAAAUAAAA